AUGUUGUCGAACUACGAAGCGACAAGCUGUGAUAUUGUUUGGAUGGACGCAUCGGCUGUUAUCAACCUCAGCAAUAACAGCAGAAGCAAUUGUUUGGUGAACAACAUCGGAACACGGAAAUGGAGGCAGCUGGUGCCAGGAUGUGAAGCAGCUCAGGAGCUGCCCCAGGUCGGUUCAAAGAACACAUUUUGUAAGUGGAAGACCGGAGCUUCGACUUGGCCUGCACAUUGA